GAACAAUACUAAAGGAGAAAGUCUGUACGAAUCAUUGGCUCAUUUACAAGCUGAUUUUAUCCAGUCAUCUAGUUGUAAGGUGUAAGCAGAGUUACUACACAGUACAUGUUCAUACUGUGCAAAUAGGAAAGCCAUUUUUAAAUGGUUGCUACUUAGUUGACAUUUCUUUAGCCCAAUAACCUACCAGCCACACUAACAUCCUACCAGCCACACUAAUUAUCACUAAAAUUCUUCCUUUUGUUUUUACAGAUGAAGCAAUAGUGAGAAACUACCAUACCUUUGUUAAGUUGCUAUUAUUUCAGAAAUACAAGACCUGCAACCAAACAGCGUUUCGGGGAAAUCUGCGGAGGUGCUCUGUGAACAUAACAAAGCUCAGGGGUUGAGAGCCAUGGCUAUUGUGAAAGAUUUUCUCCUCCAGAUUCCCAGCACGGUGGCAUGUUUGGGGGCUGUGCUGUUUCUGCUGGCCCUCUACCGUCUCUUCUUCGGUUCCAGUUCUGAGGAGCAGGGGAUAAAUCCUCCUGGACCCAGGCCACUGCCCUUGCUUGGUAACAUUCUAAUAAUGGAUCUCAAGAGACCCUACCGUACUCUCUGUAAGCUUUCCAAAAAAUAUGGCUCGGUCUUCACGAUGCACUUUGGCCCCAAGAAAGUGAUCGUUCUGGCAGGAUACAAGACGGUCAAAGAGGCACUAGUUAACCAGGCACAGGACUUUGGGGACAGGGACAUCACUCCGGUGUUCCAUGAUCUCAACCAAGGACAUGGGAUUUUGCUUGCCAAUGGAGACUCAUGGAAAGAGAUGAGGCGCUUUGCCAUGACAAACCUUAAGGAUUUUGGGAUGGGCAAGAAAGGGAGCGAGGAGAAAAUCUUGGAAGAAAUUGCUUACCUAAUUGAAGAAUUAAAAAAACAUGAGGGGAAUGCAUUGGACACCAGCAAGCCUGUGACCUUUGCUGUCUCCAAUAUAAUCUCAGCCAUUGUGUUUGGCAGCAGGUUCGAAUACACUGACCCCCCAUUCAUUGCUAUGGUGAAUUGGGCUAACGAAAAUGCACGCCUUAUGGGCUCUGCAUCAAUUCAGAUAUACAAUAUGUUUCCCUGGUUGGGCCCAUGGAUAAAGAACCUGAUGGUUGCAAAGAAGAAUAUUGUCGAUUGGAAGUCAGAGGUGAUGGAGAUCAUUAGGGGCCUGAAGGAGACUCUCAACCCCGAGAUGUCUAGAGGCUUUGUGGACUCAUUCCUUGUCCGAAAACAGACCCUGGAGGAACUGGGCAACAUGCAAUCUCUCUACCAUGAUGACAACCUGGUGUUUAGUGUCACUAACCUGUUCACUGCUGGUGCUGACACCACCGGGACAACCUUGUGCUGGGGUUUACUGCUUAUGGCCAAGUACCCCCACAUACAGGACCUGGUCCAAGAGGAGAUCACCAGGGUUAUAGGAAGUCGUCAACCUUUGGUAGAAGACAGGAAGAACCUGCCCUACACUAAUGCAGUGAUACAUGAGACCCAGAGAUUGGCCAGCAUUGUACCCAUGUCUAUCCCUCACACCACCAGUCGAGACAUUACCUUCCAGGGAUAUUUCAUCAAGAAGGGGACGUGUGUGAUUCCUCUACUGACGUCUGUUCUUCAUGAUGAGGGUGAAUGGGAGAGCCCCCACACCUUUAAUCCCGCCCACUUUCUGGAUGAGCAGGGCAGAUUCAUCAAGAAGGAAGCCUUUAUGCCUUUUUCUGCAGGUCGUAGGGUGUGUCUGGGGGAGAGUCUGGCCAGGAUGGAGCUUUUCCUCUUCUUCACUUCCCUCAUGCAGCACUUUCGUUUCUCCCCUCCUCCUGGAGUAACAGAGGAUGAUCUGGACCUCACACCAGCUGUGGGGUUCACACUCGGUCCUUUACCCCACCAGCUGUGUGCUCCCUCUACCUUCUCUCCUUUGGUUCCAGUUCUGAGGAGCAGGGGAUAAAGCCUCCAGGACCCAGGCGACUGCCCCUGCUUGUUUACAUCCUUUUUCUGGACCUCAACAGAGCCCCCACACUCUCUGUAAGCCAAGAUGAAAGAAGCAUUCUUACAGAAUCCACGACGAAGACAUUGAUAUAAGACAAUUGGAAAGCAUUUCCUGCAGUUGCAUUUUAGGUGCAGCAAUUCCUUGUGUCUCACUUCUGAUCUCAAUAGCUGAACAUAUUUCAAUAAAGCAUUAUGAUAUUUUAAAAUUCUCUUUCACCUUUAUUUUAACAGGGGAAUACAGACUGAGACCUAGGUCU